GUGUGAGACCAUGGUGGUGAAUCUCUGCCUACCACAUUUCAAGACCACCAUCCAGUGUGACAAGGUACAAAACAUUUACAUUGCGUUAGAAUUUUAUGGACUGGAGUAGCCAAAACUCCACUUGAAGUUCAGUACCUUGCUAUCAAGUCAAAACACUAAUCACCCAUAAUGUUUGCACCGCGGUGACUAACGCGGGAUAUGGCUUUCAAAACGUACCUCAGUCCAGGGAUGGAAGAUGUCUCUGUACUCGCUGUAUAUCCAGCGUUCGUGAUUAGCGUUUCGACUUGAUAGGAUGGUACUGAACUUCAAGUCGAGGUUUGCUAGGACCAGAGCUGACAUAAUCCCCCUUGUCCCUCCAUAGAUCAUGUUGGCUAACGUUGGUUCAAUGUGUAACAAUCUGAACAAAUGGUCCUAUUCCCAGUCAAAGCAUAUGGGAGAAAAUGCUUCUAAAUGAAAAUCUAAAAUGAGCAUUCUUAUUGGAAAAGUUUAGAUACUCUCUUUCCUCCUCCUCUUCUUCAUCCGGAGUAUGACCCUGGCAUCCAGCUGACAAAGCCGCUUUUCCUUUUGUCUUGUCACACCCCCCAUGUCCUUCUCACCUACUGUGGUCAUUUUCUGUCCUCUGGGUUUUAUGGAGAGGAGGAGGAUAGGAGGAGAAAGGGUGAGGAAUGAAUGAGAAGAGGAGGAGGAAAGGGUUGAAGGAUGGAGGGGGAGGAUGGGAAGAGGAAGAAGGUGCUGCGUGGGAGGUUGAAUCACAGCUGACCUUGCCAUGUUCUUGUCUUUGUAUUAUGGGUUGUCUGAUACUCGCUUGGCUAGGUAUUCUUCUUCUUCUGGGAGUGAUUCUUCCACUUUUUCACCCACUUUUACCUCUCCCCUCUUUCCUUUCACUCUCCACCUCCUUUUUGCUCUUUCCGUCUCCUCUUUUCCUUACCUCACUCUUCUCCCUCAUCACUUCACUGCUUUUCAAUGUAUGUAGUUCUGUCCUGGAGCUGUUCUUGUCUAUUAAUGUUCUGUAUUCAUGUCAUGUUUUGUGUGAACCCCAGGAAGAGUAGCUGCAGCUUUCGCAAACAGCUAAUAGGGAUCCUAAUAAAAGACCCUACCUCCCUCUCUCCCUUAACCUCCUCUCCUCCUUUCCUUCCUUCUCACUCUGCCCCUCUCUCUCCUCUCUUCUUUUCCCUCCCUCCCUCAUCUAGCUAUGUGCAGAUGGGUAUGACGUCACCAACCUCCUAUCGGCCGACCCAGCUGUCCGGAGGCGGGGUUUUAAGCUGGAGUACUUCCUGCAGCCGCCCGUUCAGGUGAGCUGACGCCCUACAAUAUUUAGAGAUGAGUCUUAUGACAUCACUGUCCUAUUCUUCUUAAUCUCUUUCUAGAGAAGUGGUCAUGUUGGGUGUGUCUGUCUAAUCUUCCUUUGUCUGACUCUAGGUGACACUGCAGUUUGGCUUCCAGGUGGAAGUGUGUCGGGUGGAUGUGGAGCUGUGGCCCUGGGGCAUGGACCGAGGACAGGCCUGCAAGAGGCUGGAGAUCAGCACCAGCUCUGACCCCCCACUCCCUCACAACCACAGCCUAGAGCAGGGCCAAAUCCAGGCCCAGCAUGGCCAAGAGAAGGACCAGCAUUGGGACCAAGCCAAGGCCCAGUUCAAAGGCCACCAAUGGAGCCUCCAGGCCCAACAAUAUAGUCUACAAGGCCAGGAGAAGAGCCAGCAAUGGACCCAACGUGGCCAAACUCACAGCCACACAGACACCAGCCAGGGGGCUUUCCACCUGGUGGGACGCUGUGAACUAACAGAAGAGACCCACGUCAGUUUUUCCCAUCCCUGUUUCCGCCCGCGCCCUCCUUUCCCCUCCUUGCCCCCAGCCCCCCGUGAGGGGUGUAGACAAGAGGAGCUGUGGAGCAGGGGCCCGCUCUCAUUAGGCUCUGUGAAGCAGCUCCGUGUGACGGUGCCGUACGGUGCGGGUGCCUCCGCGAUGGGGCUCAAGGCACUGGCAGUGUGGGGGCUGCCUUCUCGCUGCUGCCCUCCGGAGGAGGUGGAGAGGGUGAGGAUAACACAUGAGAACGCUAGCCUGAGACCAGCGCCACGGCUCAGCCACUUGGCAUCAGCUCAGCCUUCACCUGUCAAUCAACCACAGCCACUGUCACAGACGACAACAGCAACUAGGUACAGUGUGUAUAAAACACUGGCUGUUUUCAACACAAUAUAUGAGGCAGAUUAAUUGCAAUUCUUUUCACGAAGGCAAAACCUUAAUCUCUGGGAGGAUAAUAAUGUAUUUCUCUCCUCUAUUUUCUAACCCCCAGCCUCCUGCAAGUCCCUGAGGAGUUCCUGGAUCCCCUGACCCAGGAAGUGAUGUUGUUGCCCAUGCUGCUACCCAGCGGAGUGUCUGUGGACAGCUCUACUCUGGAGGAGUACCAGAGGAGGGAGGCUACCUGGGGUCGCGUCCCCAACGACCCCUUCACCGGUGUUCCCUUCAUCCCUGAGGCACAGGCCCUCCCCAACCCCCACCUGAAGAGCCGCAUCGACCGCUUCCUGCUCCAGACAGGGUUAGAGGUCAGGGAGGGAGCGGUUGGGAGGCAGGGCCAGGGGGAAAGUCCACACCCCUCCAGACUCAUACCCCCACAGAGGACUGGAGAGAGUAGGGACUCUGCUGUCCCCACUGCUGCUGCUGUAGAGUCAGCCAACCACCAUGGGGCACUUAGCAGAAACAGUGGGACUCGCACACAGACUACCCAAAAAGGGGCAGAACGUGUUAUUACACAGAGGAGCCAGCUUACGCAGCACAGGGGGACCGGAGCUUUUAACAACAGGGCGAAGAAUGGGAAUGGGAAGGAUCAGUGCGCUGGGAAAGUUGGUCCUAAAGAAGGGGGAGUGGAUAGAGUGAGUUCCCAGGAGGGAGGGCCAGACUUGGGGACUAGGAGGAAGAGAGAGCUGGAGGUUUGGGCCACUCUGAUCCGUUCUAAGGGAAAGGGUGAGCCCACCGGGACCAAAGCAGCCUCUGCUAGUGCUGGUCACUCCAAGGAGCUACUUCCUGACUCGAAAAGACCAAGAACAGACACAAACUCCACUAUCUCCUCAGGUGAGUGGUAAACUGGUGUAGACAAUGCAAAAACCGUGAGAGCAAAAACAUCAUGGCAUUCUCGCGCUUAGUUAAAAGGCCUUCGUUUAAGGUUGGCUGCAUCAAGUAUUUGAAUGUGUGUCACUUAUUAGUGUUUCUGUGUUAUUCCUCUUGUUCCAGCCACAGUUCCCAGCGGUAGCUCCCAUGAGCAGCGUUUGUCUGCCAGUCUAGACUAUGAACAGCGUUUGUCUGCCAGUCUAGACUAUGAACAGCGUUUGUCUGCCAGUCUAGACUAUGAACAGCGUUUGUCUGCCAGUCUAGACCAAGAACAGCGUUUGUCUGCCAGUCUAGACCAGGCCCUUCUCUCAGCCCUGCAGGGUCGACCCUCCUUUACCUCCUACCCCUCCCAAACCCCUCAGAUCCAGCACAAACACACAGACACACCUGCUGACACCCCAACAGGUAGGAACGGCCUCUAGCGGCUCUGUUUGAAUUUGGCUAAAAUGUACCCUUCCUUGGAUUAUGAAUGCAUGACGGGGAAAGUCUUGAGUUGACUAGUCAUUGGUUGAACAAGUUAGACGGUCAAGUAGUGGGAUGUUGCCUAGGUACCCGGGAGAAAAACACUUUGUCAACAGAGUCAGUCUAAGGACUUUCAGCCUCAUUACACUGUACCAAGUUUUUUCAAGUCUUAUUUUCACCUACAGUACAAUAAUAAUUUGGUGGGUGAUUAUAUUUGUCCUAUUUCACUCAUGUACAAGUGGUUAUUAAUACGCAUGUGUGAAUUGGAAAUUUGUUUUUUGCAUAUCCAACUCUCCCUGAGACACCCUCGGAGAGUGGGGUCACGGCCAGGGUCUGCCAUUACCAACGGUGACCCCAUGUGUGCAGAGAUGGGUUAACAUCUGUCUUUAUACUGCAUCGUCCUCGACUCGCCAUACAAACGUUCUUCCCAUUGCUGUAAUUCAUGUAGUUUGUUUUUAGAGCCUUUUUUAAAUUGCGUUUCAGUUGUUGGAGUAUUAAUACAGUGGUCAGUGAGAGAGAAUAAAAGACAAACUGUGAACAGAGACUCAUUCAAGGUGUACAUACUGCUCAAUACAUGUAUUCUCUUUCUCUCCUUCACCCUUUCUCUCUUUCUCACCCUCUAGCUUUUCCUAUUUCUCUCUUCCCCCCCCUUCUCUCCCCACUUCCCUUUCUCUCUCUCCCAGGUGAGAACAGGUGUGGUUCGUGUUCCUGCUCUCUGUCAGUCUACUCAACCUCUCCAUCAGCAUACCGCCUGCCCUGUGGUCACUUCCUGUGCCGCCCCUGCCUACACAGGAAGUCCCGCCCACUUGUCACUACAGCAAUGCCCAAUCACAUCCUCUGUCCCACCUGCCAUAGCCCUGCCUCU